GGAAAUAGUAGAAUAUGCUGUCAAACUAUUUUCUGGUCUGGUGACAUUGUGCAACAAAACACUGAAAUUUGCGAUUUCAAGAAGAGAUAAACAAUCAACAAACUCAUCAACAGAAACCCCUCAUGCAUUAAAUUCUUCUGUUAGACAAAGGAUGCAGUCUGUAUCGCCAUAUGAUAAAGAUAAAGCAAUCUCUCCAUAUUCUCUGAGUUUUUCUGCACCAUUUCGGUUCUCUGAGCAUCAACCAAGUUAUCCAAAAGUUCCCCCUGGUGUACCAUUACACCAGCAUAAUGGCUAUAGAUCACAUAGUGAUGGAUAUAGGUCACAUUAUGAAGGUACCACAUAUGAAAACAGUCGACAAGUAUUUGGGACACCUUUGGAUAGUAUUAC